ACUGCUCAAAAUCAAUUCUUAAUUAAAAAUCAAUUCUUAAUUAAAAUUCAUAAGUUUCGGCUGGUUACUUUACAGAAAUAAAUUAUUCCUUAACAUAAGGAAUAGUUUACAAUUUUUGCUAUAUAAUCAAUCUCUAUACGCGAAAAUGGAGUGGGCGUAAGGGUGGUGUAGAGUGAGAGCUUUUGGCGGGAAAUUAGUGCCGCGCCGCGCCGCGCCGCUGGGGCGCUUGCUUUUGUCGGCUGCACUCUUCAUCAGUGUUUGAGUGUUUGUCUACUAGAUCAUAUUGAAUAUUUUUAACUCUCAAGAAAGUGGGAAUUUCUGAUUUUCUUGCAGGACUUACAGUUUUCCAAGCAGGAAUAAGGUGGGCUAAAUUGAUUUAUUGAUAAUUUUUUUUCAAUUUUGCGAAGUCUACUGACUGCUAUCUUACAUUUUCUUUACGUAAGACUUCGUAUGGAAAAAGAGAAAACGAGUGCGUUAGACAAAAUCCAUGAAGAAGCCAAAGAACUUAACACCAAGGAAGAUGUCGUUUCAAGAGGAAAUACAUUAAGGCCAAGUGAGCCAAAAGAAAGAGCUAAGGAGCCGGAUAAUGGGAACAGUGGUUUGUCUGCAUUAAGACAAGGGGUUAUUGUUAAUGAAAAUUCUUCCCAUGAUGACAUUCAGAGGAGCUGCCAACAGCUUAUUGAUGACAUUAACGCAAAACGGAAGCGAGACACCGAUUUGUUAAACGGUAAGGUAAUAGUUGUCUAUAGCUCGUUGAGCGAGUGCCGUCUAUAUAGGUUCUGACUGGCCUAAUAUACUUCCAACUAGGAACACUGACUAGCCCCCUGGGGGCUUGAACUUUAAAUUCAAGUUCAAUUGAAUUCUUCUGUUUGAAUAAUAAAAUCGACGAAUGCAAUUACAUACA